CUUUUUGGUUUACAGAUAACCUUGUGCGACAUCCAACCCCGUUUUCUUACAUGUUUGUUUCUCGUUUCUGAAUAAUGUCAAGAAGAAGUGGACGUCUACAAGCAAGAAAUGGAAAAAGCGAUGCAGAAAACGAGUGUCCGUCUACAGUUGCUACAAGGAAAAGAAAAGCCGAGGAAGUGAAGCCUGCCCAUGACGGUCAGUGGGACACGAAGAGACACAACUAUGAGAUCCAGGCCUGCUGGUCACAGAUAACGGCAGCUGAAGGGGCGACCCCUUGUAUCCUCAUCGAAACGCCACAAAAGGAAGUCUCAGUCCUGCCCGACAUAUCAAAGUUUGCACGAUACCGGUUCCAGAAUCUCUUCAUCAGUCCAUCUCCUUUGCCAGACCUCAGUUGGGGAAGUCCAAAAGAUGUGUGGCUGAAAAUGUUGAGUAAAGAGUCCAAAUACAUUCACACCAGCCGUUCACUACAAAACCACUCCACCCUUAAUCCAGACAUGCGCUCUAUCCUGUUGGACUGGCUCAUAGAGGUGUCUGAAGUGUAUAGUCUGCACAGGGAAACCUUCUACCUCGCUCAAGACUUCUUUGACAGAUUUAUGUUGACGCAAAACUCUGUUAACAAAAGUAUGCUUCAACUGAUAGGUGUCACCUCCCUGUUCAUUGCAUCAAAACUGGAGGAAAUCUAUCCUCCCAAACUUCAUGAGUUUGCAUAUGUCACUGAUGGGGCAUGCAGUGAAGAUGACCUUAUUGAAAUGGAACUAAUAAUACUUAAGGCCUUGAAAUGGGAACUGAGUCCAGUGACUGCAGUUUCUUGGUUAAAUCUCUUCCUUCAAGUCUCCUCUCUCAAGGACUCCCCCAAGCUGCUAUUACCUCAGUAUUCCCAGGAACAGUUUAUUCAGAUAGCUCAACUUUUAGACUUGUGUAUGCUACACAUUACCUCACUGGAUUUCCAGUACAGGAUUCUGGCAGCUGCAGCAUUAUACCACUAUACUUCAAUGGAAGUAGUCACCAAAGCUACAGGUCUGGAGUGGGAGAACGUUUCAGAAUGUGUUCACUGGAUGGAACCUUUUUUCAACGUGGCACAAAGAAACCCUCCUUUUCAGCUAAAGAAUUUCAAGAAGGUUCCAGAAGAAGAUCGCCACAAUAUCCAGACUCACAUGACCUACCUUGACAUGCUGGAUGAUGUCAAAGUAAAACUGGAGCCUUUCCCAUUAGAAGGACAAUCCCCAGUGUCUGUCGGUGGUAUCUUAACUCCUCCUAAGAGUACAGAGAAGACUCCUGUAUAACAUUGGCAGAAUGCUCUCUAAGUGGACGCUUAUUCAUCAGGCCCUCAUGGCAGUUUAUGGGAAGCUUUCGCUGGGUGCACUGAAGCUGGAAGACGUUAUGGGUGGUCUUGCACUCUUGCCCAAGUGCUUGUAUGUAGUUUACUAAUUUAUUGGCUCCUCACCCCCUUGAUGGUAUGGGAACGUGUAUGUAAAAUGUUUGUGCAGGCACUUUGCAAUUUUAAGAAGGUUAAUAUAGUAAAAAUCUGUUCCCUGCCAUCAGUGGGACCAGUGUGCUUCCAGGACUUCUGUAAGUCAGGUGCCCUUUAAGAUCUAAUGAAUGGGCUUGAAAGACAAUGUUCAGAGCCUUUCACUUUUGCAUUUGGAUCCCGAAAAAUGAACUUGUGCCUAUGGUUUAGGGCCACGCCAGCAGGAUUUCAACACCAACUUGGUUCUGGAUGAAUGUUUUUUUUUUUUUUUUUUUUUGUGAACUGCUAGGAAAUAAUGCCUAGAAAAUUGCCUGGUUUUAGUAUUUAUUUCUUAGAUUGGGCAGUGAGAUGGCAGUAAUCUAUGUGCUGUAUACAGUGAUCGGCGCGGAAAAUCUGAAUCUAUGAAUUGCUAUAUUCGCUUCCAAUCGAACUGGACUUUACUAAUUCCCGCUAAAGAUGGUGGUCGUUGUGGGAGUACCCAGCUUGGGGGUGCUGGCAUAGGAUAUUAACUGCUGGAAAAGUUGUCCCUGAUUGUUACUGAAAGGAUAAUGAAUGUACAAACGUACAGCACCUUGUCCUCCACUAUAAGGAUGUGUUCACACGUUUUCCAAGUUUGGUUUUAAUGGCUGCAGUUAAAUCUUUCUCCUGCAACUGAAUGGGGGCUCGUUUCUGCAGCGGGUGCACAGAUUACAAACUUAAUUCACUGCCCGGGACACUUGCAGAACUUUCUGCACCAUGUGUGCUGUGAAUAUAACCUAAAAUGGUUCAAACCUCGGAGCCAGUGGUGUGCGCAGCACUACAGAAAAAACAGUAUUUUAAAAGCUGUUCAUUUACUGUAACAGUUUUAAUUGAAAACAAAACGCUUGCGUAGACGUGAGAACCUAAUGCUGUGGUAGGUGCAGUUUUACAAGCUUCGAUGAGGGGGAUGUAGAAACAGUUGUUCCCGAUAACUGUAAAAGUUUCAGGUGAUCACCCGAUACACGCAAACUCAUCUGGCGGGUGAUCUAGAGACAUAAUCAAGGCUGGUGUUCCCAUACAUCUGUCUUGGUUUUCCCUGCGUUGGAGUAAGAUGCGCCUACUUUACUAAGAGGCAGAUGCGUCUUAAUGAAUGAGUUGCAUUUCUGGCACUGUGUGCCAGUCACUGAAAUGUGGCUGGUGCAGACAUAAGCUAGAACACGUUUUUGGUGCAAAUUAUGGUAAAUCUGGUGGCCUGUGCCAAGCCCUGACGCUUUAGAAAAGUAGUGAGAAGUGAAAAAAGUUGCAGAUUAUGGCAUAUGCCAUAAUCUGCAACUUUCUAGCGGCGUCAACACUUUAAUAAAUGUCCUGUUUGUGCAGCUGAUCUGCUGCCCAGGAACAAUGAUUCUAUGGGGACAAGCUUUAGGGGGAACCUGUUUGCAGGAAUGGCAGGGGGUCCCAGCAGUAGGACCCUCGCUGGUCUAAUAGUCAUACUUGGUCUGCUUUUCUCAGUAUUUAUAGGGGUUGCCUCAAGAUAGCACCUAUCCCGUGGCUAAGUGUCAGAUUGCUGGGACCUCCAAAGAUCAUCGUCUGGUGUCCCCUGUUUGAAUGGUGCUGCCAUUCUGUUCAGAUUGUAUGAGACUGAGGAAAAGCAGAGUGCAGUCCCAGAGCAUCUGAAUAACAUGGCGGCAUGCAUGCUCAAAUGCUGCUCCAUUCAGAGGUCCUGUAUCCCCCUCCCCUUCUGAUCAGCGAGGUUACUAGCAGUAGAACCCACCCAUCAUCUGUCCUGUGGAUAGGCAAGUUUCAAUCUCUUACAUACAACUCCAGCUUUAAAGGGAUUUUUCCAAAAUUUGCUGGACAUGGGCAAUAGCACAUUUUCCUUUAACUGGUGGGGGGCUUCCAUCACUGCCUGUGGCCUGGUCAUUGGCUGAAGCUUUUAGUGGGACUAUGAACAUUACACUCAAAUGUUCUGAAAUAGACUGGGUGCUGGUA